CAUCUUUAUGACGACACCUGAACGCGCCGGAAGUUGAGGCUCGUUAGCUGCAUUGGUUUCUCGGCUUCUAACAGCAGCAGCUCUGAGCUCCAGAAACAAGCUCCUGUGGGCUGAAAUAUCCUUUUAAAUCACUUAUCUUUACCUACUAGGAUGCUGUGAGUCAGCAGCUAUCUUCACUCUACUCGUAGUUUAAAUAUCAGGGAGUUAAAGGGAGUAAUCCGUUAGCUUUGCUAGCCGCGUUAGCUCGCCGGCCCUUUCUCCUGGUUUUGGCGUCACUUCCUGCUUUUGAAACUCGCGGCCAGAAGAUCCAGAGAUGGAGCUGCAAGUGGGAACUGAACCCAUGACCCUGGGCUCCCCCACCUCCCCCAAGCCGACCCCCGGGGCCCAGUUCCUCCCCGGCUUCCUGAUGGGGGACCUGCCGGCUCCAGCGACGCCCCAGCCUCGAGCCUUCAGCCUGUCCAUGCCCAUCAUGGAGAGCACAGGAGGAGGAGGAGGAGGAGGUCACGGCUCGCCCCCAGUGCGUGUCGUUCCCACCCCCAAAGAUAAGAGUGGCGCCCCGCCGGUCCGCAGCAUCCACGACGACCUGGUGAACGUAGCCACGCCCCUCAACACACACAUCCACUCGUGUUCAGUUCUGCAGUCUCCUCUGGCUGCACGAGGAGCCUCCACGCCAGGUGUGCAGCAGGUGUGUCUGUCUCCAGCUCAGGUGGAUCCUUUCUACAGUCAGGGAGAGUCUCUGUCAUCAGACGACCAGCUGGACCAGACCUGGGUCACCGUGUUCGGCUUUCCUCCAGCCUCGGCCUCCUACAUCCUGCUGCAGUUCGCUCAGUAUGGAAACAUCCUCAAACACACGAUGGCGUCUCCUGGGAACUGGAUGCACCUCCAGUAUCAGUCGAGGCUUCAGGCCAGGAAAGCUCUGUCCAAAGACGGGAGAGUGUUCGGGGACGCCAUCAUGGUGGGCGUGAAGCCCUGCAUAGACAAGAGUAUGAUGGACAGCAGUGCAGCCGUGGCGUCUCCUCUCUCCACCUCCUUCUCCUCCUCCGUGCUCCCCUCCACUCCUCGCUCCGCCAUCAGGCCGCUCAGCGCCGCCUACAGGAGCUCCGGCAGCGACUACCAGGUCGUAGCAGACAGACAGACGCCCAGGAAAGACGACAGUUUGGUUUCCAAAGCGAUGGAGUACAUGUUCGGCUGGUGACAUCACAACAAGCCUCAGAGAACGGAGAGGUGAAGCCACGACAGAUGGAGGAACUGAUCACUACACUGAGUGUGUGUGUGUGUGUGUGUGCGUGUGUGUGCGUGUGUGUGUGUGUGUGUGUCUGCUGAGGUGGAGGAUCUUUCUCUUUAUUCUUUUAUAAUCAGUGUUUUUUAAUGUUUUGUCUCAAUAAAGUUUCUCUGAUUUGAAGUGAAGUGGAGGUGAAGUUUCCUCAGCAGCCACAUGGCGGCGC